AACCAACACAAAUAUCCCAAUAACUUGUUACUUUCAAAUAAUCACCGUCACAAAUAUUUGCGACCUAAACGAUCUAUAUUUGUAUGUGAAGACCUGAGUUUGCUUACCUUAAUACCAGAGAAUCAAUUUUUGAACAAUAGUUUAGAAAAAUCAUUAGAACUUUAUUUAUUAUUAAAAGUUACGAAUAUUGAACCAGACAAAAAUGAUAGAGUUUAUGUUCCUUUAAUUCCAGGAUAUGGUAUAUAUACACAUCUUGGAGAACAUUAUUUUUAUAUAUGUCUUGAAUGGUCUAGUUUACAAAAAUAUAUUAAAGAUGAUAAAAUGAUUAAUUACAGAGAACUACAAAAUGAACUAAAAAAUAAUGUAACUAAUGAAACAAUAAUUAAAAAUGAAUUGUCUGUUAAAACUGAAGGAUGGCAAAACGUUGCACCUGAAAUUGUUCAAGCAAUGGCGAUUAAACUUGUUGAUACUGAAGCACAAUGUCAAGCUCUUACUAAAAAACUUCGUCUAUCACAAGAAAAUAUUAAAAACUUACAAAAUCAAUUAGAAAAUAGGUUUGAUUCAUCAAGUAACACUGACGAAUUAAAUCUAAGUGCAUCAAAAAUUAUUAAUACUCUUACUACAGAAGGCAAAUUAGACUCCUCACUAUUCGUUAUGACCUGUUGCAUAUAUCAAUUAACAACUAUACAUCAAAAUGAAUUACAAAAUAUGGGUUUUUCUCAAGCUGUCGCGGGUGCUAGAUUAGCUGCUGGAGUAAAUAGAGAAGAAUUAAGAACAAUAUUAGCAUAUUGUGGAAUUACACGCCAAAGUGGUUAUAAGCAAUAUUUUAAUUACCAAAAUAAAAUGCACCAUAGUAUUAUUGAAAUAGAAGGAAGUUUCGAUUGUGCUUGGAGUCAUGUUCGUGAAGCUUUACAAGCAAGCGGUAAACUUAUAUUUAAUGAAUAUUUAGAAGCUAUUGCUCGAUGUCAAAAUCCUAGUAUUGAUAAUGAUCUCUUUGUUAUGCAAACUGAAGGAGUAAUAGUGCACCUUUCUGAUAACCACUCAGAUUGUUGGCCAGAAGUGUGCUGGGUUAGCACAAAUUCAAAUAUAGAAUUAGAAACACCUAAUUUAAAAUUAUAUAAUAAAAAUCAAAAAGAGCAGUUAUUAAAAUUUCUUCAUAAAAUUAUGGAACUCAAAGAAAAACAAAAAGCUGCCAAUCUUCCAGAAUUUUCAAAAAAUGAUCAUACUAAUAUUUUAAAAAUUUGGAAAGAAAGAGAAACAAAACAUCAAUGUAAUUUAGCUGCAAUUGAAGAAAGAAAUCAACAACCAUUCAAUUUUAAUCAGGACUUGGUUCCUUAUAGCCGUUGUAUACAAGAUAGUAUUCAAAACCAUACUUAUAUUCCGUCAUUUGCAAAUAUAAUUAAAAACUUUGGUAGUGCAUUUUUAUGUGAUGGGUGUCAUUGUUUUGAAUGUCGUUUUGCAACUGGACUUUGUCUUCUUUGUGAUACUUUAGUUAUUUUAAGAACUGGUGGUGAAAAAUCUUUAAUAUAUUCAGUAGCUAGCAUCUUAUCUGCACGAUUAACAGUAGUCUUCACAUCUAUGAAAUCUUUAAUGGAUGAUCAAAUGCAUGACCUGGUUAAACAAGGCAUACCAGCUACUAUACUCUUUGGUGCUUCAGAUCAACCUCCUGCAAUUGUAGAAAAAAUAUUCGCAGAAAUUGCAUCAAAUAUUAUUUGUGUAUUAUUUGUAACAGCUGAAAAAUAUGUCAAAAAUUUUUUAUUUCGAAAAAUAUUAAAAAAAAUUGAAAUAGAAGUUCAAUCUAAACCUGGAAGGAAUGAGCUAUUCAAAGAAAAAAUUUUUGAAAUUCUAAAUAUAUUUAAUCAAUCUGAAAUUGGAAAAUAUCAUAGAAAAAUGAUAACAACUCAAAAAUCACAAUCUAUUCUGUUUUGGAAAGAAAAAAAAUUAAAAUAUAUGGUGGCAACGAAUGCAUUUGGAAUGGGCAUAAACAUUAAUGAUGUCAGAUUAGUUCUUCAUAUUACAUUUUCUAUAUCAUUAGAUAAUUUUGUUCAAGAAAUCAGGAGAGCAGGGCGUGAUCGUAUGCCAGCAAAGCAAGUAAUACUUUAUACAUGUUUAGAUAUCCAGACUCUAUUGAUUAUAUUACAUAAUGAAAUUGAAAGCAUGGAUAAUGUUCCACACUCUAUAAAUGAUGAAACAGAUCCUGAAGAAAGGACAAGAAUUUUAACUCGCCAUUUAUAUUUGGAUGAAGAAAUAAAAAAUAUAUUUGAAAUGAUAUUAUUCUGUGAGAAUCAAUAUGAAUGCAGACAACAACUAACAUAA